AUAACUGGUCGGUAUGGUCGAGUGCGUCCCUCUCCAGAAUCGGAUGUAAUGGUCCUAAAGUAACGAUACUUGGUCCCACAGCGAUGCAGGCAUAACUAGACGCUGAGGGCGAAGUGGAUCACGGCACGCAAUAGUCAGUGAACAUCACUCAGCGUAGUUGGGAGGCAUGUUGUUUCGGCCACAGGGAUGAACUGGUCAGCACUAGAGAGCCUACUCAGCGGGGUCAACAAGUACUCCACUGUGUUUGGCCGUGUGUGGCUGUCCAUGGUGUUUGUGUUCCGUGUCAUGGUGUUCGUGGUUGCCGCCCAGCGUGUGUGGGGAGACGAGAGCAAGGACUUUGUGUGCAACACCAGGCAGCCCGGCUGCACCAAUGUCUGUUAUGACAGCAUCUUCCCCAUCUCACACAUCCGCCUGUGGGCCCUCCAGCUCAUCUUCGUCACCUGUCCAUCUCUCAUGGUCAUGGCUCACGUCAAGUAUCGUGAGGGGAAGGAUUCAAAGUAUGCUUCCCAGCACCAGGGCUCUCACCUGUACGCCAACCCAGGGAAGAAACGUGGAGGCCUGUGGUGGACCUACCUGGUCAGCCUGAUCUUCAAGGCCGUGGUUGACGCAGCCUUCCUUUACAUUCUCUACUACAUCUACCAUGGCUAUGACAUGCCACGUCUCUCCAAGUGUGCCCUGGAGCCUUGCCCAAACACAGUGGACUGCUACAUAUCCAGGCCCACGGAGAAGAAGAUCUUCACCAUCUUCAUGGUGGUCUCCUCAGCCAUCUGCAUCUUCGUGUGCAUCCUGGAGAUGUUCUAUCUGUUGGGCAAGCGGUUACAGAAGGUGCUUAAAGUACGGCAGGCCAACAAGAGACUUCUCUUCGCUGAGUGCCAUGAGGUGACCAACAUCGCUCCGCCGAGGUCAUCGUAUAUCAGGGUAGAUCCAACUAUUGGGAGCCAGCAGAACAUCAGCAGACAGAAGAAGGCAGAGGAGGCUGCUGCCACAAGUCUGUAAUCCUGAUCUGUUUGAUUCAGGUGCAUAUAGCACUGACUUUGCUGAGAGCUACUUUAUUGAGGAAAAAUGUGCUUAGAUAUGUGGUUGUCCCACCUAGCUAUCUAAAGAUGAAUGCACUUACUGUAAAUCGCUCUGGAUUAGAGCGUCUGCUAAAUGACUAAAAUAUAAAUCCAUAUUGCACUGACUUUGUGGGUGGCUACUUUAUGGAGGAAAAAUAUACCUACUAUGACUGAGAUAUAUGGUUGUCCCACCUAGAUAUAUUAAGAUGAAUGCACUAACUGUACAUUUUACUCUAUACUGGAGCAUUUUGGAUUUGAGAUCAAGUCUUUUAUAUGAAGCGACAGUACAGAAUGUACCGCUUAGAAAUGAACGCUCUUUAUAUAUCUAGUUCCUCCGUUUGAAGACGUCAUAACUAUUUGGACAAAUUGACUUAUAGUGUCUAGGCAAUGACUACAUCAAGCUUGUUGGAUGCAUUUGCAGUUUGUUUUGGUUGUGUGUUAUGUUUUUCCCAAUAGAAACUUAAUAAUAAAUGAUAAUUGUAUUUCUAAGUGAGUAAAUGAGAUGUUUCUGAACACUUCUUAAUGAAUCCUGAUAAGGCAAGGAUUAACAAAAAUCAUGAAUGAAUCAUGAAAAAUGACGGGUGAUAAAGUUACAGAGGCUAUACAAAAGAUGCUAACAACUCACCAUUCCCAAGAUGAAGUCAAAUCAAAUGUUUUUUGUCACAUGCUUCAUAAAAACAGAUGUAGACUAACUGUGAAAUUCUUACUUACAGGCCCUUCCCAACAAUGCAGAGGAAAAAAUAAUAACACAAGGAAUAAAUAUACAAUGAGUAACGAUAACUAUAUACACGGGGUACCAGUACCAAGUCGAUGUGCAGGGGUACAGGGUUAUUGUUGGAGAUAUGUACAUACUGGAUAGGUAGGGGUAAAGUAACUAGGCAACAGGAUAGAUAAUAAACAGUAGCAGCAGCAUACAGUGAGGGAAAAAAGCUUUUGAUCCCCUGCUGAUUUUGUACAUUUGCCCACUGACAAAGAA